CCCUACUCAUCUCUGGCUAGUCAAACAAUAGCGCGUAAUCUUUCGAAUUGUUAAGUAAUGUCUUAGGGAGAAAUUUUUGACAGUCCUACAAAAUAUUUAUGAUUAACGAAUAUAAAAAAUGCUACGUUAAAAAAUCAUAUAAUGUAUCAGCAACUGUUACAAAAAUAACCACUUCGCAUGCAGAGGUUAUUCAUUAUAAUGAUUUGUUUAUUGAAAAAUGGUUUGGGUUUUUCGUCGUCCUGUUAGCGAAAAUCUUGAAUUAAAUGUUACCGCAUAACCUUAGUCCGCGGACAAGGAUUAAGUGAGGAAGAUUUAUAAUGUUUCUGCGACGACUUGAAAAAAUCACAAAAAUCGAAAUGAUACAGUUACGAAAUAAUAUUAGAACGUAUAAAAGUGCAAAAGCAAUUCGAAAUGAGUUCCUGGAUUAUUUUACUAAGGAUUUAGGCCACACAUUUGUACGAUCCAGUCCAGUUUUGCCAUUAUGCGAUCCUACUGUUGCCUUCGUGAAUGCUGGGAUGAAUCAAUUUAAAGGAGUCUUUUUAGGUAGUCAUGAACCGCCAGCUCAAAGAGUAGCAAACUCUCAGAAAUGCAUAAGAGUUGGAGGGAAACAUAAUGAUCUAGAUAUUGUUGGAUUUGACACGUAUCAUCAUACAUUUUUUGAGAUGCUUGGCAAUUGGUCUUUUGGAGAUUACUUUAAGAAGGAAGCCUGUGAAUAUGCAUGGAAAUUACUCACAGGCCCUUAUGGAAUUAGCAAACAUUCUCUGUACGUUACAUACUUUGCUGGCAAUGAGAAAUUGGGUUUGAAACCUGACUUGGAGUGUAAAGAUAUAUGGUUAAGUCUUGGUGUCCCAGAGGAUAGAGUAUUACCAUUUGGUAUGCAAGAUAACUUUUGGGAAAUGGGACUUACAGGGCCUUGCGGUCCGUGUACUGAAAUUCAUAUAGAUCACACAAUGCAAUCCACAAACCAAGCAGCAAGAGUCAAUAAAGGUCAUCCAGAUGUUACAGAAUUAUGGAACAUAGUGUUUAUCCAAUAUCAAAGGCUCGCAAAUGGCCCUAUAGUUCCUUUACCAAAACAACAUGUUGAUACAGGAAUGGGUUUCGAAAGACUAGUAGCUGUAUUACAAGGCAAACGUUCUAAUUACGACACAGAUCUCUUUCAGCCAUUGUUUGAAGCUAUUAGGAAUUCUACAAAUGCUCCAGCGUAUCAAGGAAGAUUUUUAGAGACCGAUAGAGAUGGAGUGGACUCAGGAUAUAGAAUUUUGGCUGAUCAUGCAAGGAUGGUUACUGUAGCCUUAACCGAUGGCAUACUACCUGAGCAAAAUCACAAACUCAGAAGAAUUUUAAGAAAGGCCAUAGAUGUGAGCAAUAAGACAUUUAAAAAGAAUGGACUACUACGUGAAUUAACAUUUCAUGUGGCAAAUGGUCUGGGCGAUACUUAUCCAGAAUUGCAGAAAAAUUUACUAAAGGUUCAAACGAUAAUAGAGUAUGAGGAGGAGCUUUUGAAUUCACUGAGAAACGCUGCCGAUGGGGAAUGGACUAAAAUAGUAAAUGAGCGACCAGCCUUGGCUAAUAUUACCGAUUCAAUAACUUCCGGUUUGGCAGCUGGCUACAAAGAUUUAAAAGCUUCGUUAGCAGAGGAGAGUACAACAAUGAAAACCAUACCGGGCCAUCUGGCGUUUAAACUUUAUGACACCUAUGGACUAAGUGCUGAUACUAUAGGCGAAUUAGCCAAGGCAGAAUCGCUUAUUUUCGACAAAGCAGAUUUUAUUCGAGAACUUGAAAAUGCUAGGCAACGAAGUAAACUUGGUUUUACGAGAGCCAGCAAGGAUAUUGUUUCCCUAGAAUCGCUUGAUCUGUUGGAGAAAAGAGGCGUCCCUAAGACUGAGGAUUCUGCAAAAUAUGAUUAUAACGUUAGUGCCAACGGAUACGAAUUUUCACCUGUUAAAUCCAAUUUACUUGGAAUGAUCGUGAAUGGUAAUCUAAUAUCCGAGUCUGAAUCGCAAACUAUCGACGAAAGUCAAGCUAUUAAAGAAGCCACUAUUGUUAGUAGUGGAAAUGUUGUUGAAGUGGAUUCUAUGAUAGAUGCAAAUUCUGAAGUUGGUAUAAUACUUGACAAAACACCAUUUUAUGCUCCGGAGGGUGGUCAAUUGUCUGACAAAGGACAUAUUGACCUUAAGAAGUUACGUCUUGAAGUGGCGGAAGUAAGAAAAAUUCGCGGAUACGUUAUACAUCUUGGCAAAUUUAUUGUACAAGACCCUGCGAAACAGGAAUUGGAGUUGCGCGUUGGCGACGAGUGCGUUGCCACGAUCGACACAAAAACUCGCACUAGUUUAAUGAGACACCAUACUGCAACGCAUUUAUUAAAUGCUGCUCUGAGGCAGAUCUUACCUGUUGUCUGUCAGCGAGGCAGCAUUGUCUCCAGGGACAGUUUAAUAUUUCAGUUUAGUGUUUAUGGAGAAAAAUUCACUCCGGAACAUGUGGCCACUAUAGAGGAACUCGUAAAUAAAUGUAUCGAAGCUGAUGUUGCUGUCAAGACUAGGAUUGUAGAUUCCCUUAAACUGUCAUCCGAAAACGAUUUAACUCUAGUGCCAGGAGAAGUGUAUCCUGAUACGAAUAUUAGAAUAAUGGAAGUACAUAGUGAGCAUCUAAUAUCCAAAGAAGCAUGCUGCGGAACACAUGUCCAUAAAACAGGAAUGAUCGAACACUUUUGCAUUACAAGUGUCAAAGCUGAAGGUUCAUCCAGUCGUACGAUAAAGGCAGCGGUGGGACCUCUGGCAAGAUUGGCAAGGUUAGCUGCGGAGAAUGUCAGAGAAAAAGUGUCACAACUUGAGAAGGAAUAUCAAAAGAGUGCUACAAAAUCGAAUAUUUUAAAUGCAAAGAUUUUCGAUAUGAAUAACCGAUUGAAAGGAAAAGGUGACAAAAUCCUUGUACCUUACUUGACUGUACAGGAAUGUUUGGCACGACUCAAUAAUUUGUCACAAGCUAUAAAAUUACAGCGAAGGAAAUUAACUACAAACACACUAGAGGACGAAAUGAAAAGUGUCAUAUACUCAUCUGAUUUACCAUUUGUUAUACAUGCUCUAGAGCCUACUGAUACGUCGCUAAAAAAUGUGUCUUUGCGAAAGAUCACAAAACUUUGUAAGAACGCACCUGUCAUGGUUAUCGCACACAAAAAUGGAACAGUGAAAGCACGUUGUUGCGUACCAAAGGAUAUGGCUUCUGAUACAUUUAAUGCACGCGCCUGGAUGAACACAGUAUUGCAAGUUUUUAAAGCAGAGGGCGCAAUCGUUCAGCAUCAAGAUCCUCUAGAAGCUUAUAACAUGAAAACAAUUCAGGUCGAGUUGAACGAAUUAAAAUCAUUAUUAGAAAAGGCAAUAAUGCAAGCAACAAAAUUUGCUUCGUUGCAUGUGAAGCAAACGAAGCACAAAAGCAAAUAAAAUUAAUUUCCUCGUGGAACAUCCGAUGAUCCAAAUACGUAGGGUAAACAUUGUAAAUAAAAGAAGUCAUAUUUAAAAGAU